UGCCUGUCUCCCUCUCCUCUGUGGCUGAACCGUCCUGUCUUCCUGCCUCACUGGAACUACAUCCCCCACGAUGUACCUGGGUCGGAGGAGGCGGGGGGCUGGGUGGAGCUGAUUGGUCCUCCUGUAGUGCUUUGUCCCGGAGCUGAGCAGGGAUUGGCUGUCGGCCCUGAGGAAGGGGCGGGGCUUAGCAAAGCUGUGGGAGUCAAAGAGGCAACAGACUUCCUGAAGAACAGGUCUCGGGGUCAGCGCCUCUCACUGGUUGGUCAGGUGAUUUCUGUUUGUCCUCAGCUGGACGUUUCAGGAACGUCUUUCUUCUGCUUCUCGCUGGCAGACGACUCUGCACCUGUCUCACUACCUGUCUCACCACCUGUCUCACUACCUGUCCUCGUCAAGGGCAGCAGGCUGUGGUGGGCUCAGUGUGUGUGUGUGGGUCAGCGUGUGUGUGUGACGGCGCUGCGUGUGUGUGUCCUGCGAGGCUGGAGAGGAAACAACAUCCUGUGUGUGACCGAGCGCUCUGAAAUACACACCGACUACACACACCCCGCUGCACACACACACACACCUGCCGCCACGGCCCCCCCGCCGGUGAUGUCACAGGUCGAGGACUGCGAGGAGACGGAGCCUGAGAGAGACGUCGGCCAAUCGGCUGUCAGGAUGAAGAAGUCUCGAGUCAUCAGUUACCAGGGCACCGUGACUGAGGUGGUGAGCGAGGGGGCGGGGCUGUACGUGAUGGACAGGAGGGUGGGGCUGUGCCUGGCCUAUCAGCCGGCUCUGAGGAGGAAGCUGAGAACUGGAGACACUUUGGAGCUCCAUCACGUCCACUUCCUGUACCGGCCCUGUCCCGACUUCCUUCCCAGCAUGCUUUGCACCUGCCUGCGCUCCAGCGUCAGGGUGACGUCGUUCAGCGGG